AUGGCUUUUAUAGCUGAAAUUGUGCUUUUUGUUAUAACAUGCUUUAGUACAUUGUCAGCUGAAGAGCCCCCUUGCACAAGCAGUGGCACUGCCAAGGUCUUUUCCUCUAAUGAAGCCAAUAGUACUGACACAACCUAUGGCUUUGUGGCAUGUGUGCUUGCAAUACUGCUAUAUGGAAGUAAUUUUGUUCCUGUUAAAACGAUAGAUACUGGAGAUGGAAUGUUUUUCCAGUGGGUAUCGUGCUCGGCGAUAUGGUUCGUUGGACUGGUUGUUGACACUUUGUUUCACCCAUCUAGAUCCCAUCCUGCAGCUAUGAUCGGGGGAGCAAUUUGGGCCACUGGAAAUAUAACCGCUGUGCCCGUUGUGAAGUUUAUUGGCCUUGGACUUGGAAUUUUGCUUUGGGGAUCCAGUGGACUACUCAUUGGAUGGGCAAGCUCAAGGUUUGGUUGGUUUGGGUUGCAACCAGAGGAUGUAUCCAAACCCAUACUCAAUUAUUGUGGAGCUGGCCUUUGUUUGCUCAGUGCCAUCAUAUUCUUCUUUGUGAAAAGCGAUGUUCAGAAACGUUCUUCUGCUGAAACCAUGCCUUUGUUGAUUGAUGACAGGAGGUUAAACCCUGACAACUCAAGUUCCAGUGAUUCAUGGGUGGACACGAUUUCACCAAGGAGCAAGAGAGUGUUUGGGUGCAUCUUGGCCAUAUUUGCAGGUGUCCUUUAUGGCUGUUCUUUUGUGCCCGUAUUUUAUAUUAAAGUCCAUGCCACAACCAAUUCCAGUAUGUUCUUAGGAUCCAGUCAGAAUGAAAUUGACUACUGCUUUGCCCAUUACAGUGGAAUUUUCCUCAUGAGCACGGUGUAUUUUCUUGCUUACUGUGCAGCCAUGAAGAACAGACCUCGGAUAUACCCCAGAGCUAUCUUACCUAGUUUCUUAAGUGGCUUGAUGUGGGGAAUAGCCACAUAUGCCUGGCUAAUGGCAAACUACUACCUAAGUGCAGUGAUCACAUUCCCUAUAAUUAAUGCUGGUUAUGGUUUAGUGGCUGCCCUGUGGGGAAGUGUUGUAUUUAAAGAGGUCAAAGGUGUCGGGAAUCUGCUGACGUUUGUUUUGGCAACUUGCGUCGUCCUAGCUGGCUCCAUCCUAACAGCUUAUUCGAAGCUUUAAGUCUGUGCAUGAUAUUACCACAAGGUGGCAAUGGCGGAUAAGUCUUCUGUCAGCAUUCAGCUUCA